AUGGUCGACCGAAUCCAUGCAGAUGAGGGUAGCACAACCAAUAUCCUGCAGCUGGCUGUCAUCCAACAGAUGAGCUUAGAGACAAAGAUCAAUAAAUCAGCCAAGUCACUAACUAGCUUCAAUUGUGCAACAGCGGUUACCGUGGGUACAAUAGAUCUCGACGUCUACUCCCCACCAGUAAUCAGCUCUCAAACAUUCAUGGUCAUUGAUGAAGCCUCACCCUACAAUGGCAUUCUAGGCAGACCAUGGAUCAUCAAGAUCAACGCCAUCACCUCCGCCACACAUCAGAAGAUUCGCUACCCAAUCCCUGGGGGCAGUGUCGGUCAAAUCAACAACGAUCAGACAAUGGUGAGGAAAUGCUCAACUCAAGGGCUAAAGAAAGGCAAGCAAACACAGUUCCUCCCUAUGAAUCAGGCAAAUCUAAAGGGAGUAGAACAAGCAGAGGAGAAAGCAGAUCCCCAAUCAAAGAAUCAGGACCAAGUCGAGGGAAUCCGUCCAGAGGAUUAUCUUGAAGAAGGAUGGGAGCCCGAGGAGAACGUUGAGCUAGUACCCCUUGAUCCUGACAAGUCAGAGAGAAAAGCGCGGAUCGGCUCGCGCCUAAGUCAGGAGGAAAAGGCAGAGCUUGUAGUCUUCCUCAAGAACAACAAAGACAUAUUUGCAUGGUCACCAUCCGACAUGCCUGGCAUCGAUCCCCAGAUCAUCUGCCAUUGCCUACACGUCAACCCAGCUAUCAAGCCUGUAGCGCAGAAGAGACUCAACUUCGCCCCCGAGCGGGUUGCCAUCAUUGAAGCCGAGAUCGACAAGUUUCUGGUUGCCGUUUUCAUUGAGGAAGUCUCCUAUGCUAUGUAG